AUGCCUCGUCCAUCAACUGCAUCAAGUAAAGGUGGAAAAGAUGAAUCAGUUCGAGUUGUUGUUCGAUGUCGUCCGAUGAGCGAUAAAGAAACAGACAGUGGUUGUGAAAGAGUUGUUGAUAUGGAUACUCAACGUCGACAAGUAUCAAUUCAACGUCCAAGAAGUGAAAAUACUCAACGAAUGACGAGUAGUGGAGAUGAUGUGCAUAAUUUUUAUUUCGAUGCUGUUUAUGAUUGGCAUUCGAAACAAAAAGAUGUUUAUGAACAAACUGCACGAGCACUUGUUGAUUCUGUACUAGAAGGUUUUAAUGGAACUAUAUUUGCUUACGGUCAAACGGGAACAGGAAAAACAUUUACCAUGGAAGGUGUUCGUUCACAACCAGAAUUACGUGGUAUUAUUCCAUCAUCAUUUGCACAUAUAUUUGAUUCCAUAGCUCAUAGUACAUCAAGACAAUUUCUUGUUCGAGCUUCUUAUUUAGAAAUAUAUAAUGAAAGUAUUCGUGAUCUUCUUUCACGAGAUCAAAAUAAACGUUUACAAUUACAAGAACAUCCAAAAGAAGGUGUACAUGUACAUGAUCUUAGUUCAUUUAUUACAAAAAAUUCACCCGAAAUAGAACAUGUUAUGACAACAGGAAAUUUAAAUCGUUCAACAGGAGCAACAAAUAUGAAUGAACAUAGUUCACGUUCACAUGCUAUUUUUGUUAUUACUGUUGAAAGUAGUGAAAUUGGUGUUGAUGGAAAAGCACAUAUUCGUGUUGGAAAAUUAAAUCUUGUUGAUUUAGCUGGUAGUGAACGUCAAGCAAAAACAGGAUCAACUGGUGAUCGUUUUAAAGAAGCAACAAAUAUUAAUUUAUCACUUUCUGUACUUGGUAAUGUUAUUUCUGCUCUUGUUGAUGGUAAUUCACAUAUUCCUUAUCGUGAUUCAAAAUUAACUCGAUUAUUACAAAAUUCACUUGGUGGUAAUUCAAAAACAAUUAUGAUUGCUACACUUGGACCAGCUGAUUAUAAUUAUGAAGAAUCACUUACAACACUUCGUUAUGCUAAUCGAGCUAAAAAUAUAAAGAAUCAACCACGUAUAAAUGAAGAUCCAAAAGAUGCAUUAUUACGAAAAUUUCAAGAAGAAAUUGCACGAUUAAAAGAACAACUUGAAGGUAAAGGUAAAGGUGAUCGAAAAUCACGUCGACAUAGAAAUCGUGAUGGUAUUGAAAUCGAUGAUGAUACCGGUGAUCAAGAUGAUGAAGAAUUAUUUCUUAAAGAACAACAAGAUAAAUUAAAUGACGAAAAACGUACAAUUAUGCAUAAAAAAAAUAUUAAUGAAAAUGAACGUGAAGCAAUGCUUAAACAACUUGAAGAUCAAAAAAAAGAAAUUGAACGUGAACAAGAAGAACGUCGUAAAAUGCAACAUAAAAUUCAAGAAAUGGAAUCAAAAUUAAUUACUGGUGGUAAAGAUAUAAUAACACAUACAAGUGAACAAGAACAAGCUAUACGACAAAAACGACGUUUAAUUGCUGAAGCUGAACGUCGUAAUCGUGAAGUUCAACAACAAUUAGAACAACAUGAAGAAGAACGACGAACAAUACAUGAAACUUAUACAAGUAUUAAAGAAGAAGUUGAAGAUAAACGUUCUAAACGUGAUAAAUUAUCGAAAUCAUUAAAAAAACUUGAAGCAAAAAAACAAGAUAUUAUUGAAAAACAUCGAUCAGCACGUGAAGAACUUGAAGCUGAACAACGUGAAAUUCAAAAACAAGCUAAAUUAUUUCAACUUAUUAUUGAAAAUUUUAUACCUAUUGAUGAACGUGAACGUCUAUUAAAACGUGUACAAUUUGAUGAAGGACAAAAUUGUUGGACACUUAAAGAAUUAUCAAAACAAACAGAUCAAAUGGCUGCACGACCAAUAUCUGCUAAUGGUGAUCGUUAUUCAGCAUCUCUAUAUUCUCAAGGAAAUACUAUUCCAGAAAUAGCUCGUUUCAAAAAUGAAAAUAUUAUUUUACUUCAACUCGAUUUUCCAAGUCGAACAACUCGUGAUUAUGAAGGACCAAUGGUUUCACCAAUGAUUCAAGCAGCUAUUGAAAAUGCUAUGAAAGAUGAAGAACAUAUUGAAUUAGAUGCUAAGAAAUCAACUGCAAAUAAUGGAGGAUAUGAUAAUUAUUCAUCAUCAGCAUCACGUGCUGGUUAUGGAGAUAUACAAACAGGUCGUGGUAUGAAUAGUGCUCGACGAUAA